UUAAAUAUUUAUCUAGUUUACGGUGUAAAUUCUGAGAACGCAGCAAAAAUAACAAUUUAAUAGAAAAUAAUAAUUUUAUUUGGAAUUUUAAUAUUUUUUCAUGAACAAAACAAAUAGGAACGUUAUUCAAUGAAUAAAUAACGAUAUGGUUAAUGUCACUAAAGGAAUAUUAGUUGAAUGUGAUGAAGCUAUGAAACAAUUGUUGCUUGAUUUGGAUGAGAAAAAUGUACUAGGACGAAAAUUUAUCAUUCAAGAUUUAGACGAACGACAUUUAUUUAUUUCCGCUGAUAUUUUGGAUGCUUUAAGAAAAAAAGUUGAAGAUUUAGGUGGCGAUAUUUCCGUUCCUUCAAGUGAUAAAUAA